AUGCAGAACAGCUCGUUUUUUGACAGCAUCAAAUCCCAAAUACCCUCCCCUGAUUUCGGUUCAUCAUCCUCGUCAGACAACGAAGAAGAAAUAUCUAUUUAUCAGAGACCAUCAGUCUUCAAGUUGCCUGAUGGGACAGAUGUUAACCUGGACUACUUGUCAUUGGAGGAAUUGGGAAUUGAGGAUGUCAAUAACUCAAUCAAACCAACUCAGCCAUUCACAGACGUCUCUGAUAAUGGCUUAAACAACCAGGAAGAUGACGUUACACCUCAGCUCCCUGUAGAGAAUAGAGACCAUUUAAGUCAAGUUGCUACAGGUCUUGAAUUUGAAACGCCUACUGUCAUCACAACGGAACCAGAAAAACUCGCCAAGAAAUCUGAGGACCCUCCAAAAGCACUUACUCUUGUGCACCAUCAGAUAAAGAGCAACUCAGACACGAAGGUUGCUGUAGGACACUCAUUAUCAGAGUGUACAAAUCCUAAAAGUGAACAGUUUCUCCAGAUGCCUGUAGAAGUCUGUAAAACAAACAAUUCUGUAGAAAGGAAAGAAAAGAUACAUACACAGUCAUGCCCUGUAUUGUCUUUGAAACCUCUAGAGAACUGGGAUCUGGAUCUGGUACUGCAGUCUCUUAAAAGACAUGGCCAUCACAAACAAACUACUAAAGAAGAAAAACUGGACUUGAAUCAGCUAUUUAAAUAUACAGAUAAUAGCAGAAAAAGACCAGAAGUUAAAAUAAUGGAGCAGUUGGCUGCUUUCUGCAUGAGGCAGGCAUGUAAGGAUACAGAGACAAUCAGUGUAUCUAAACAAACUUCUAGUAGACCUACGAGGCCAUCUAAGAAAAGUCCUACAACCACAAGAAGGACUGUUGGACAGAGAGAUGAUUCCAUCUGGAGAUUACAUCUGAAAAAUGAGGAUCCUCCCACUAUAUACAUUGAUUUGCGCAACACAGAGCAACAGACAAAAUCAACAGAUAUUUGUAACACAUCCACACACGCACAGGAGGAUCUACCAAAGCAAGUCCCAUCCACUGAGAGAGUACAAGACAAACAUACAGAGGCAGUAAUUAUAAAAAGAUAAGCUCUCCUCAUAGAGUUAAAACAUAGAGACAUGGUCACAUGAUUGUGUUCUUUUGUAGACAUCCUGCACCAUCACCAAAAUGGGGAGCACUUGGAAGUCAGGCAAUUUAGCCAACUUUAGAGCUCUAUUUCUUGCUAAAAUGGCACCUCAUGUGCUGCCACCAAGCUUAUUAUUUUUUAAUUGAUCAUUUCCAGUCCUCAGGUCUUAAACUUUUAUUCAAUUUAUCAAAACUUUGAAGAACCAGACCACAGGAUCCUGGGAGCCAUGGCCGAUCUCAGUGCACUCUCCUGUGGUUGCCCUCUCACAUCAUCCUCAUUGUAAACAAAUGCUUGUGGACAUUAGUAGCUACAACUACUAGUGCUAGUGUGAUGCUGUCAUAGUGUAUAUAGUCAUAUAAAGAGAAAUAAUAUGUGUAUACAAUUCUUACAUACUGUGUACACUGCCAGAUGUCUAUUCAGUCCCUCCAGGAUUGAUCAGUUUUGUGAUAGCAGAAAUUAAUGCAAAAUCAAGCAAACUGCAAUAUUUGGAGGAGCUUGUGAUUUUUCAAAAUUACUGCAGAUAUUCUGCAGAUUUGGACCAAGACGUGUUAUGUGACGUCAUCAUAAAUCGCAUUCAGCCAAAGCCCUCUUCAAUUCACAUGCACUGAGCAUUGAGCAUUGUGAAAAACAAUUUAGUGCAACUGCAAUUUCGCCAGUUCAAGGAGCUUGUUGCAUGAUGAGGUUCCUCCCAAUUAGAUUAGAUGCAUUUCUCUGUAAAUUGGAAGACAGAUUGUUUCUGUAAAAAAAAAAAAAGCACGAAAAAAACUCAGCAAAUUGCAUCACAAAUGUUGAAAAAGCUGCAGCAAAAUCAAGCAUUUUUAGCCGCAACA